CCCCCCCCCCUCAAUCGCUUUGCCACUUCCUCCUCCCCCAUUGCCCGCCACGUGCCCCCCCCCCCCGGGGUCGGCCGCCUCAAUGGCCAUCACCAACAGCACGCAGAUUCGCCUGCCCACUCACAUCAAGCCGGAGCACUAUGAUGUCUUCAUCAAGCCCGAUCUCAAGGACUUUGUCUUCUCCGGCACGGUGUCCAUCCUGGUGGAUGUGACCCAGACCUCCGAGGAGAUCUGCCUGCACUCAUUGGAGCUUGAGGUGACCGAUGUCACCCUGGCCGCGGUGUCUGGCGAGGCCCUCCCCGCGCCGGCCAGCAUGACCUCCAGCCCGGACUUCGACUUCCUGCACCUGCGCUGGGCCGCCCCCCUGCCGGCUGGCAAGUACCUGCUGGGCAUGAAGUUUGCCGGCAAACUGACCGACCAGAUGGCCGGGCUCUAUCGCAGCGAGUACAAGUCCGCCUCCGGCGAGAAGCGCUACCUGGCCGUGACGCAGUUCGAGGCCACCGACGCCCGGCGUGCCUUCCCCUGCUGGGAUGAGCCCUCUUUCAAGGCGACCUUCUCGGUGACGGUCGACGUGCCGGCCGACCUGGUGGCUCUGUCCAACAUGCCGGUCACCGGGGAGAAGCCCUCCUCGACGGAUGGCCGCAAGGUGGUGGCCUUUGACCGGUCCCCCCGCAUGUCUACCUACCUGCUGGCCCUCUUUGUCGGGGAGGCCGAGUACGUGGAGGAUGUCACUCGGGCCGGGGUUCCGGUGCGGGUGUACACCCCGAUCGGCCUCAAGGACCAGGGCCUGUUCGGCCUGCAGGUGGCUCGUGACGCGCUGGACUUCUUUGCGGAGUUCUUCAGCACCCCCUAUCCCCUGCCCAAGCUGGAUUUGAUCGCCGUGCCGGACUUCGCCGCCGGUGCCAUGGAGAACUGGGGCCUGGUCACCUUCCGUGAAAUUUAUCUCCUGUGCCAUGAGCAGCGGACCAGCGCUCGCGCGCGCCAGGAGCUGGCCUAUGUGGUGUGCCAUGAGCUUGCGCACAUGUGGUUCGGCAACCUGGUCACCAUGGACUGGUGGACGCACCUGUGGCUGAAUGAGGGCUUCGCCACCUAUGUCGGCUGGCUGGCUGUCGACAAGCUCUUCCCCGAGUGGGACAUCUGGACGCAGUUCAUGUUCACCGAGCAGGGCGAGGCCAUGUCCAUGGACGCCCUGCAGUCCUCCCACCCGGUGGAGGUCCCGGUCACCACCACGGCUCAGAUCAACCAAAUCUUCGACCCCAUUUCCUACAGCAAGGGCGCCACUCUGAUCCGCAUGCUGGCCACGCACAUGGGCCCGCAGGAGUUCCAGACCGGGCUGAGCCACUACAUCAAGAAGUUCACCUAUCAGAACACGGAGACCAACGACCUGUGGGAGGCCAUGUCCACCGCGGUCAGCGGCCUGGAUCUGACGUCCAUGAUGAACGAUUGGAUUCGCAUCACCGGCUACCCGGUGGUGACGGUGACCCCGGGCGAGGCUGGUGCUCUCACGGUCCAGCAGGACCUGUAUCUGGCCUCCGGUGCGGCGUCCGGCUGUGCCUCCCUCUGGACCAUCCCGCUGCUGACGACGUCUCUUAAUGCUCCGGGGCCGCUGCAGCAGCCGCAGCUGUACGCCAAGGGUCCCGUGCUGGCCGAGAAGACCCAGCCCCUGACGGGCACCGCCGCGCCCCCGAUGAAGCUCAACCGUGAUGGUAUUGGCUUCUACCGCGUCAACUAUCACCCCACCCUGGUGGCCGGACUGAUCAGUGCCAUUGCUGAGAACCCCACCACCGCCUUCGCCCAUGGUGACCUGGUCAACCUGGUGAAGGACUUCUUUGCCCUCGCUGCAUCCGGGCACUCCUCCAUCAAGCACUUCCUGGACCUGCUGCAGGCCCUCCGCGGCGCUUCGGUGGGCUUUGCUUGGGAGGCAAUUGCUGCCACCCUGGGCGCUUUGCGCUCCCUGUGGUUCGAGCAGUCGCCCGAGGUGGUCGGCCAUCUGAACCGCUUCGCGGCCGGCCUCUUUGGUCCGCACUCCGAGGCGGCGAUCUGGGACACCGGCGUGUCGACCGCCGCCAAGGACCAUAUUGCCAACUGCCUUCGGUCGACCUUUGUGGCCAACGCCUGCCGCGCUGGCCACGAGUGGACUGUGGCCGAGGCACAGCGGCGCUUCUCCAGCCUGGUGAAUGCCACCCCCGAGGCCGCGGCCAACAGCAACCCCGAGGUUCAGGCUGCCAUCCUGGAGACUGGUGUGCGCCUGGGCGGCCUCCCCGAGUGGGAACAGACGCUGGCGUUCUUCCAGCGCGAGCAGGUUCCCGACCUGAAGGUCCGGGCCCUUUUCGCCCUGGGCCAGUCGGUGGACCCGGUGGCCAUGGACAAGAACUUUGAGCUCAUCUUCAGUGGGUCCGUCCGGCUGCAGGAUGUCUUCCACCUGAUGCGGUCGCUGUCCUACAACCCGGUCACCCGCCGCCGGACGUGGGACUUCGUCCGCAACAACUGGGCCAAGUUCUAUGAGAUGUUCUCCCCGAGCGGCUUCCUCCUUGGGCGCAUCGUCAGCAACAGCUGCGAGAGCCUCUCUACCCUGAAGGAUGCCGAGGAGGUGAAGAGCUUCUUCGAUGGCAUCGACAAGAAGCAGUAUGCCACCAUCGAUUCCAAUGUCAAGCUGGCUGUUGAGGAGAUCACCAACAAUGCCAAGUGCAUCGAGCGCAUUGCUGGCGACCUGAACGCCUGGCUGGCGGCCCAGUAAGCCAAUGGCUUCCUCUCGCCGCCCCUACUCCACUCCCAUGAGCUUCUCUCUCCCUCUCUGUCCCUCUGUCUCUCCAUGCGUCUCUCGGUCCCGCCCGUGGAUUUCAUCCACAUCCUGUGGUGGCGCUUCGUCCGGGUGAACUUUCCUUCUGGUGUGAUCCUUUGCUGCCCCUGCAUAAGCACUUGCUCAUGGCCAAUGAACAUCCCGCCUCCCUCGAACAUUCCAUUCUAAGCGA